AGCUACAGGUUCUCCCGCUGUUGAGCCCCGUGUGCGUGUGUACGUUCGUGUGUGCGCGCGUUCGGUGUGCGUGUUGCAUGUGCAUAUUUGAGUGUUUGCCCUUGUUAUCCUGUGUAUAAGCGUUAAUGCGGGCUUUUAAGUGCCAGUGCGUGUGCAUGUACAGCUUCAGUGACACACUAACAUGGAAGUGUGCAUGUACGUGCAAGAAAAACUGUACUUCGAAUUAAUGCAUUCGCCCAUACGAUUUGUGCACUCCGUGCGUGCUCACGUGGGAGAUGUCAGUGUGCUCUCCGUGGGACAGUGUGACGGAGGCGCACCUGGCGGCGGCGCUGGCCAUCGACAAGGGCAAUGAGGCGGCGUUCGUAUCGUGGAGCUUCAGGGCCUCGCCCGAGCCCUUCAAGCACCAGCGCAUCGCCGAGGUCAAGUACGCGCUGGAGGGCCAGGAGGGCGACGUGACGUACAGCGUGAAGUGCGUGGGGCGAGGGGCGGGCGCCGACGAGUGCCACGCCCUGCUCUUCGAGAAGGAGUACGGCUUCUACGAGGAGCUGGCGCCGGCGAUCAAUACCCUCCUGCAGGAGACGGGGCAGCGCUCGCUGCGAAUCCCCCGCUGCUUCACCCACGCCCGGACCGAGACGUACGAGGUGAUGGUCCUGGAGGACCUGAGCACGAGGGGGUUUCGCGCCGCGGACAGAAGCUUCGGUCUCGAUCUGGCUCACGUCCUUUUGGCGGUGCAGGAGAUAGCCAGACUGCACGCCGCCUCCUUCCUUCUGCAGAGUCGCUCUGCAGACAAGCCCCUUGCACAGACCUACCCCUUCGUCGGCAAG